AUGUUCCGCAACGCCCUCCGCCAGUCGACGCGCGCCGUCGGUGCGGUCUCUGCCGCCGGCAGAGUCGGUGCCACUCGAAAUGCCGCACCCGCCAUCAACGCCGCGAUCCAAGUCCGAACCUACGCUGAGGCCAAGGCCGCGCCGACCGAGGUCUCUUCGAUUCUCGAGCAGCGCAUCCGUGGCGUCCAGGAGGAGUCCAACCUUGCCGAGACUGGCCGUGUCCUUUCCGUUGGUGAUGGUAUCGCCCGUGUGCACGGUAUGGCCAACGUCCAGGCUGAGGAGCUUGUCGAGUUCGCCUCUGGCGUCAAGGGCAUGUGCAUGAACCUCGAGGCUGGCCAGGUCGGUGUCGUGCUUUUCGGUUCCGACCGUCUCGUCAAGGAGGGUGAGACUGUCAAGCGUACCGGCGAGAUCGUUGAGGUCCCCGUCGGCCUCGAGCUGCUCGGCCGUGUCGUCGACGCUCUCGGCAACCCCAUCGAUGGCAAGGGUCCCCUCAACGCCAGCGGGAAGCGCCGUGCCCAGCUCAAGGCCCCCGGCAUUCUGCCUCGCCAGUCCGUCAACCAGCCCGUGCAGACUGGUCUGAAGUCCAUCGACGCCAUGGUUCCCAUUGGUCGUGGCCAGCGUGAGCUGAUUAUCGGUGAUCGCCAGACCGGUAAGACUGCUGUCGCCCUGGACGCUAUGCUCAACCAGAAGCGUUGGAACAACUCCAACGACGAGGAGAAGAAGCUCUACUGCGUCUACGUCGCCGUCGGCCAGAAGCGUUCCACCGUUUCUCAGCUCGUCAAGACCCUCGAGGAGAAUGACGCCAUGAAGUACUCCAUUGUCGUCGCCGCCACCGCCUCCGAGGCCGCCCCUCUCCAGUACAUCGCUCCUUUCACUGGUGCGGCUAUCGCGGAAUAUUUUAGGGACAAUGGCAUGCACUCUCUGAUCAUCUACGACGAUCUCUCGAAGCAGGCCGUCGCUUACCGCCAGAUGUCUCUUCUUCUCCGCCGUCCCCCCGGACGUGAGGCCUACCCCGGUGACGUCUUCUACCUCCACUCUCGUCUUCUCGAGCGUGCCGCCAAGAUGAACAAGAAGCUCGGCGGUGGCUCCAUGACUGCUCUGCCCAUCAUCGAGACCCAGGGUGGUGACGUCUCGGCCUACAUUCCCACCAACGUCAUUUCUAUCACUGACGGCCAGAUCUUCCUCGAGGCUGAGCUGUUCUACAAGGGUAUCCGUCCCGCCAUCAACGUCGGUCUUUCCGUCUCGCGUGUCGGUUCCGCUGCCCAGCUCAAGGCCAUGAAGCAAGUCGCUGGCUCGCUCAAGCUCUUCCUGGCCCAGUACCGUGAGGUCGCCGCCUUUGCCCGUUUCGGUUCCGACUCGGACGCCGCCACCAAGCAGACCCUUGCCCGUGGUGAGCGUUUGACCGAGCUCCUCAAGCAGAAGCAGUACUCUCCUCUUGGCGUCAACGAGAUGGUCCCCAUCAUCUACGCUGGUGUUAACGGCCACAUCGACAACAUUCCUGUCGACAAGAUCCUCCAGUGGGAGUCUGACUUCCUCAACCACCUCAAGACCAACGAGGCUGACCUCCUGGCGACCAUCGACAAGGAGGGCGCCCUCAGCAAGGACCUCGAGGCCAGGCUCAAGGACGUCACCCAGACGUUCGUCAAGAGCUUCCUCGGUUAA